CAAGAGCAUGGCGGGUGCCCGAGCUCCCGGCUGUGGGCCCAGGAACUACAUUUCCUAGAAGGAUGUGCUAGAUACUCGUUCGCGUCCGGACGCAAGCACCGGCCCGAACUCGCUCUAGCAAAUGGAGUCUGACGCCUGCGCGGCGCAAACGCUCCCGGGAGGUGUAGUUUGCGCCCAUUUCGCGCAGGCGCACUUUCCCGCAGCGGCCGCCUGCUGCUCUUUGUGGCAGUCGCAGUCCUUUUGUGGGAGUCCGGUCUGUCCACUUGCCGGUCCCUCAGACCGUCGGCGGUCUCUGUCCGCUUCGGGACCUGUCCGCUGGUCGCUCCGCGUCCGAUGGCUCCGGGCCGCGGAACCUUAGGCCUGGCCCUGGUCUCCGAGCGCGGGUUCGCCGGGAGGAGCGUGUGGCGGGGGUGUGCCGGGGCGUGAGUGCGCCGGGCAUGGGGCUGAGCCUGGUGUGGGGAGUGGGUAUCUGCGGAGCCGGCCUGAACCCCACCUCAGCUGGGCGCGGGGACGGGGCUCCGUGCGUGUGAUCGUGCAGCUGUGAGCGCGUGGCCGCCCCGCGGGGCUCCGCUGCAGGCCCCUCAGCCCCAGGAGCAGGACUCGCUCUUCAGGGCCUGCCCUGGAUCCUGGAGGCUACACAGCUGCCCACUCCUCCCGGGGAGGCUGCCGUGGAGGCCAUGGAGAUCCCUGCCCCGGAGCCCGAGAAGACAGCUCUUUCCUCUCAGGAUCCUGCUCUUUCCCUGAAAGAGAAUCUCGAGGAUAUAUCGGGUUGGGGUCUUCCCGAAGCCAGGUCCAAGGAAUCGGUGAGUUUCAAGGAUGUGGCUGUGGACUUCACCCAGGAGGAGUGGGGUCAACUAGACUCCCCUCAGAGGGCCUUGUACCGGGAUGUGAUGUUGGAGAACUACCAGAACCUUCUUGCCCUAGGACCUCCACUGCACAAGCCAGAUGUGAUCUCUCAUCUGGAACGAGGCGAGGAGCCAUGGAGCAUGCAGAGGGAAGUCCCCAGAGGGCCCUGUCCAGCCUUGGUUCCAGUCUGAAGUUGCCAUUUUUCACCUGAAUUAUUCAGAUGGCCUCCCUAACUGGCCUUCGUAACUGCUGGCUCCAACCACCUUACACACCACCAAAGCCACCUUCAAGACAAACCAUUAUGCCAGGCACAGGGACUCACACAUCUAAUCCCAGCACUUUGGGAGGCCAAGGCGGGAGGACCACUUGAGCCCAGGAGUUGGAGGCUGCAGUGAGCCGUGAUUGCACCCCUGCACUGCAGCCUGGACAACAGAGCAAGACUGUGUCCCCACCCUCUGCUUCCCCCGCCCCCCGUCAAGACACCAUAUGAUCACGUCACCCUCUGUGCAAAAGGCCUUUCUUCCCCGGCUGCCCUCUGAGUCAGGCAUCUGGUCACCUCGAACCCAUCCACCUUGCCAGGGUCACCUCUCAGCCUUCCUGCCUCUGCGUGUCUUGUCUUCAUCUUACUGUCUCACCUCUGAGCUUCUGCACAUGCUGUUCACUCUCCACCUGGCUACCUGCCAUGUGUGCCAUGGCCAGUUCCACUUGCCCUGCUCUUCUGGAUGGGUUGGGGCCACAGGCAGCACCACCAUGCAGCUCUGCCCGCUGCACUAGACUGCUCCCUUUUAAGCCUGGGGAGGACAGAAUUAGAAAUAAAAUCUCCAGCGUCAUUAGUUCUCUGUAUAUACUUUUAAAUAUCUUAAACAUGUAAUAUUCAUAAGUAAUUUCACAAGUAGUUUAAGAUUUGAGUCUUUGACCUAAAUAGAUACAGGAUUUUGUGAUAUGCUGUAAUAUACAGAUUUUUAUUUAUAUACGGAUAAAAAUUUAUAUGUUUUUUCUGACAUCAUUUAUUGAAUAGUAUAAUUUUUCUACUGACUUUUAGUAUCAUAUCUUUUAUUACAAGUCCAAUGUAUUCAGCAUAUCUAUGGAUCUAUUUCUUGGUGCUUCCAUUUUUUCCCAUUGUUUAACGGUGUAUCACUGAGCCAAAGCAAACCAUUUUAAUUAUUAUAAUUAAAACACAUUUAAAUAUUGAUAGGCUAUUAUUGUUCAAAAUAACUUUGGUUCUUCCUUUCCAUUGAUUAUUUUAAUAUGACUUUUCCAAUCAAGUUCUAAAAAAAUGCUGGUGGUAUAUUUAUUGAAAUAACUUUAAUAAAAUUAAAUGAAAGAUCAUGUAUUUGUUUUCUGAAUUAAUUCUUAGAUACAUUAAUGUUUUGUUACCAUGAAUGUGAUAUUAUAAUAUAAUAUUUUUAAUUGGUUGUUACUGUUUAUAAGAAUUUCAUUUUCUUUUUACUUUGCCUUCAUAUCUGAAAACCUUGCUGAUUUGAUUAGUGCAUCCACAAAUUUUCUUUGAUUUUCUAUGGGUAAUUAAAAAUCUCCACACAAUGAGGUUGCAGUGAGCCAAGAUCACACCACUGUACUCCAGCCUGGGCGACAGAGUAAGACACCAUCUCACAAAAACACAUAAACAAACAAACACAAACUCCACACAAUGACAACGUAUGUGUUUUCUUUUUUUCUUCCUCUUUCUAUAAUAUUUCUUUGUCCUAUUUUAAGUGAACUGGCCAGAAACCCCAGGACAAUGAUAAAUACGAGCAGUGUCAACAGACAUCUCAUUCCCUUUCCUAGCUUUUAUAAAAAAUGACGAUUAUGCUUCAACAUUACAUAUGGUGGUGUCGAUGGUUUUGUUAUAGAUAAGCUUAUCAGGUUAAGAAAUUUGUCUGCUUUUCCUAGUUUGGUAUAAAGAUUUUAAUAUAAAUGAAUGUUGUAUUUUAUCAUCUUAUUUUUUUCCUACAUCUGCUAAGGUAAUCCUGUGUUUUCCCUUUUUCAAUCUCCUAAUGUGGUGAAUGACAUUAAAAUACCUUCUAUUGUUAAAAUAUUCUUGCAACGCUGUAUAGAACCAAUGCCUUUAUUCUGUAUUGCUGAUGGAUUCUUGAAAAAUAUGUAGGUGGACUUAGUUUUCUAAGGGGAAUAGAAUUUCUAAUAUAUUUAAAAUAUUUUGCAUCUAUGUUCUGAAGGACAUUGGUGUGUCAUUUCUAUACCAUCUGGCUAUGAGAGGAGCCGACUGAAAGUCACACUGCGGGAGGAGGGGAAAGGUGCUCUUCUGUUUCUGGUGUCUGUAGCCAUCUCCAGUGGUAGCUGCAGUGAUAAUAAUGCUGCAGUGCCGACAGUUCUGGAGGGAGCAACAACAGUGAUUUCAGCAGCAGCAGUAUUGCGGGAUCCCCACGAUGGAGCAAGGGAAAUAAUUCUGGAAGCAAUGACAAUAUCAGCUGUGGCUGUAGCAGCUGAGAUGUGAGUUCUCACGGUGGCAGCUUCAAGGACAGUAGUGAUGGUCCAAUGGCGCCCAGACCUAGAAAUGCACAUUUCCUCAGCACCGGCUCCAGAUGCUGAGCUCGGACAGCUGACGCCUUGGAUCAUCUGCCACUGAUCUCUGGUCAACAUUUUUAUCACCCAACACAAAAGAAGCAGAGAUUUAUCAAGUUACUUAAACAACCUGACCCUUUCAUCUUUUGCUACACAUACUCUUGUAAUUGAUCUCUCCAUGAAUUGUUUUCUGUUUAAAAUAUCUAGAAUGUUUUCUGCUUCCUGACUUGAUUCUAAUAUUGUAUAGGUACUAGAAAUGGUUCUAGAAAUAGAUCUUUAUAGAUGAGAA